GUUCAGAUGUAGGGAAAUACAGUUCACUCGGCUGUCAGCUGUUUAUCUGCUGAUGAAGUAUCACAUUGCUAUGAAAAGAUUUUUACCAGCUUUGUCAGAACACUGAGAAAAGAAACACAAACAAUGCAGUGAAUGCAAAUUGUCCAUUAAUAUUAUUACUUGGGAGUUUCCCUCGAAGUCCAUACCGACGACGAAGUCAUGAAUUCUAACUUAUCUCCUCCAAGAAAACCGUGGAGUCACUCUGUUUUGAUGUUCUUGGUCACGCUAUUUACCUUCUCCUUUGGUAAGUCUUCACUCUAACUAAAUAUGUUUUGCACUCUACUUUAGGACCCUUAAGGAUCUAUAACUCGCGUAAUUGCGCGGUUAUUUCCAUUAACUCACAAAUUAAGAUUCAUCACGUUUAUAUAAGGACGGAAACAAAUGACAUUUGACAGCCCGUGCGCACGGGCUUGAUACAAUACCCAAGCUACAGCUGUAUGUCUCUUUUUUGAGGCAAUAUGAACUAUCAACAGUAUGUUUUCAGAUCAAUUUUUGAGCAAUAUAAAAAUUUCUCCGUGAUCUGAUAUCUAUACUUUCAAAUCCCAAGGAUUUUUUUGUGGUCUGUAUAGAUUUGUUUUAACCCAUUUUCUGUAACUGUACUUUGACCCCAAUAACUCUGUUAUCAAUCCCUUUCGAGAAUUGAUCUGAGGUAAACCAUAAUCAUUUACGUUUCGAUAAAUAUCGUCUGCCAUUGUUAAUGGUUGAUUUAUGCAGCUUACAGUACAGCUAGGUAUGGAGAAAUAAUGCAUUAGUUUAACCGGAGCAAGCAUCUCUCUCCUCCCAAUUUGUUCCUUCUAUACUCCCCCUUACAUUUAAAAGUUUUGGCAUCUGUAAAGCGGUAGUGGACAGCAAUAAUUUAAGGAUUUAUUAUACCUAUGACUAAACUUCUAUCAGUUAAGGGCUCAUUACUGUACUACGCCUACACAAUUCGUAUUAUCAACACUAAUUGUAACCCUGAUAAUUAUAGAAUGCAACUAACUUACGAUUUUUCACUUUCAGUGUGUAACAUUUUCUUUGAAUGAUCAUACCCUUUUCUUAAGUGAUUUUCACGUUUGUGUUUUUAGGUCAAGAUAUAACUUGGGUAAACCAGCCACGUAAUCCAACAUUCGGAGUCCGCGAUGAAAACGUUACUUUAGAAUGGCAAUACAGGCUCAAUGCUAGUGACAGACUUUCUCAGUUUUUAUUGAAAAGAAGAGAAAACAAUGAAAUGGAGGAAGUGAUUUCGUACGUGGCCAGCAAUAAUGAAAAGACGCAUUUUAACGAGAAAUUUGUAAUGUUGAAGCAUGCAAUUCCAUCCUUCAUGUUAAUAAAUGCUCAGGAAAGUGAUGCCACUGAAUAUUGUUGUAGAAUUCUCACAGCCAAUGGCAAAAAAGGAAGGAGUUGCGUGGAGCUUAAAAUACUAGGUGAGUCUCUCCACAUGUAAAUGACACACAGUGCUUUAUCUAGAACUUAAGCAGUGGUUUUUAAUAUUACUUCAUUCUUGCUCAUUAAUCGUCUCCAGAGGGCAGAACGCCUCUUUUUUUUUCGGGUAAACUAAUGUGAUUUGGAUCGGCUAGAAUUUAUGGAAAAGCAUAAUAGACUUGAAAGAAAUGUUGCCACCAUACCUUUUGGGAAGUGCGUGCGUAUGAUAUUCUACACGCAGGGUUGUUGACCCCUCAAAUUCGAACGUACGAAUGAGAUUUCUCAUAGAACACUAAUUCCUGCGCUUAAGCCACUUUCGGUGUGUUAAUUCGUGCAUACUCAAUGACCUUUAAACAGUCCUCGAAGUUAGGAAACCUUGGCAAGAAUUUCAUCAUUUAUUUAACUGGAUCAGUAGUCUUCCUCUUAACUGAAAACAACAUCGUUCAUAGUUCUUGGUUAACGAGCUAUUUUUCAACAUGCAAAUGCUCAUCUUCAUUCUAAGCGAGUUUUGUGCAACUCAUUUUCAACUGAAACUGCUUUUUAGCUCAUAAAAAACGUAUACAUCUGUACACGUCACUGUCAUAUAAGAUUAAUCUUUACAUCUACAAGUGUAGAAGCCUUUUCUUCAUCACUCAAUCCCCUAACCUCUAUUAAAAUCUUUUUUAGAGCGCCCCAUGAUAAUUUCUAUCUCAAGUAACCAAACGGCGACAGAAAAUGAAAAUUUGACACUUUCAUGUAACGCAACUGGCAAACCACCCCCUGAUGUGACUUGGACCAAACGAGGAAACAAGGAAUGGAAGCAUCUGGGAACAAUUCUGUCCAUAAUAAACAUUAGCAAAGUGCAACAUGGAGAGACCUACUCGUGCACUGCGAAAAAUAAUGUUAGUUAUGCGAUUGCUUCUGUCACGAUCGCUGUUAACUGUAAGUGUAUCUUGAAGUCUUCUCAGAUUGCAAUGUGAUAGUAAGUAUACAGCUUAGACUUCACGAUAGGACCUUUUUCGUUACAAUAUAUUUGUUUGCAUGUUAGUUAUGGUUGUUUUGUUUUGCUCUCUUCAUCAAUGGAAAAGGAAAACAAAACAGAACAGAACAAAACCAACAAGGAUCCGAAUCUUAUGCCUGUUAUGCAACUAAAUAGUUAUGGCCUUUUAUGAGUUGACUGUUUUUUUUUUGGAAUGGCAAAGCAAAAUUGGAAAUGAUAGAUUGAAGAUUUGAAACCGAGGGGGAAAGAUCUGUACCCUUUUUAGGAAACUAAUAGCCACGGGAGGUCGAGUACUUAUUAUGCAGGGGCCCGAGUAGCAUUUUAAUUACUUAUCCGUUAGUCAGUCACACCUAACAGCUAACAUCUUUCGCUGAACCCAGUCAAAGUCUUAAUUUUAACGCCACAAUGCCACUGAGGCGUUGGCAGUAAAGUCUGAUGUUAGGUGUUUAUGACCUGGAUGGCUCCAGAAUUAAAGGAGUUGAGAAGUAAGUGUUGCUAUGGUGACUCUCAAUAUAAUAUUUAACAACUAUAGAAUGAGGCUGAGAAUGAUCUGAAGAAUUAUGGAGAUCGAGGGUGGUAUUAUUGACAACAGCCUCCUCGAUCUCCAUAAUUUUUCAGAUGACAUGAAAGCCGAAUCUAAUGAUUGUUUUAUUAUUCAUUCAAAAUAAUUCUAAGUUUAAAAACAAACUAAAACAUGCUUACCUUGGUAGAUGUAACGUUUCCGUCUUCCAUUUUCCGCUUCUCGGCAAGUUUGGAAGAUAAAGGGAUGUUCAAAAUAGCAGAUGUCUUCCGUCGAGUUGCAUUCUUGCUGUUCUUGCUAUGUUCUAGGUCGUAAUUCGGUUAUUUCCUCUUCGGGAAACGAGUAAAAUGUUCUGCCAUUUUGUACUGUUCUACCCUCGUCCCCAGGGCUUCUCGAUUGCCAGUCCACUUUUCUGACAAUUAUGCUGAACUACUGUCGUCAUUUUCCACAUAUCGCAAACAUCUUCCAAAUUUGAACAACGCUAGCUCGGGUUAUGAAGAAGUACCCGUGGAAUUUGAGCCAAUCAGAAACGGAGAAACAUUUUGCGUGAAUAAUAAAAUACUUCUAUAUCAGACCGCUAGCGCUCGUUACUGAACUGGAUAUGAAUAAACGUUUGAACAUUGUUCUUGAGAGACUACCUUAGGUCGUAAAUAACUUAAGCGGUAGUAUCAAAUCAGUUUUAAGUAUGUUGUUAAUAUGCUGUCAUUUCCUUGAGGUCUUUAAGAAAUGUGGUUUUGAAAUCAUUGUAGAUGCACCUUUAAUCAGUCUACCUUCAAAGUCAUACAAUGUUACUGAAGGCGCUGAUACAAGGCUUCUUUGUCCCAGUGAUGGUAGACCUCCUCCUAUUGUCACGUGGUCAAAGAUAAAUGGUUUCAACAACAGUUCAUAUCCACCCGGUCAAGUGCUUAAUAUAUCGAAUAUAAAGAGGACUGAAGCUGGCAAAUACCAAUGUACCGCCAAAAACAGUGUAGGAAAAGAGGCGAUUGCUACUAUUUACAUCAAUGUCAUUUGUAAGUUUUAGCUGAUAUUUUAAUGUUUCAAAGAAGUUUUAGGACGAAUGAAAUUGUUUUGUUUGGCUUGAUAUCGUUCUCCGGCCUAACAUGAAUCUCUAUCAAAGUCAGGAACUAAACCAAAGUUAAAAGUCAUUUGGAAAUGUAAUAGGCUCUUUGCAGCAGGUCAGUCACGUGGUACGAAAACUCACUGGGACGAGACAAACUGUUUUCACAGUACGUUUCUUGCGCCCCAGCAUGGCGUCCCCAACAUGGAGGUUUUGUACCACACGUAAUUUACUAGCUACAUAAUUCUUCAGAUCAUCCAGAAGGAAUAAUUAACGAGGCCUUUUUACAUUGUCCAUGCAGCGCCGAACCAGCAGUUCUUGACUGACAAAUACUCUGUGAAUUCGCGAAUCGAGCUCAAUAAACGGUUACAUUAUACGCCCUUAGUUCCGUUAAUAGUCCUCCUACUAGUCCGUUCUACACUGUCCUAUUUGCAAAUCAAGUUCCUCUUUUCUUAGAGUGUUAACGCUCAUUUCGCAUCUAAUUAUCCUACAUUAAGUCCCUUGAGACCCGACACUACACGCUGAGGACCGUUAUUCGAUAGCAACGCAUUUCCGUUUUUACAAUUUUCCUUCACCUUGUGACUGAAUUCUUAAACAGGCUAUAUUUUCGUUACUUAACAAAAUGUUGAUCCCAAGACUUUCCCUGUCCGUAGAUCCACCUACUAUCGUAUUGAACGAAACUGGGGAACUGCGUCUAAAAUGUUACGCGACAGGUAAUCUACGGCCAUUCCGUCAUCACGUGGACUAAAGUACCAGACUGAAUCCUUAAACAGGCUAUACUUUCGUUACUUAAUAAAAUGUUGAUCUCAAGACUUUCCCUGUCCUAGAUCCACCUACUAUCGUUAGGAGAACCAGUACUCAAAUAUUGAACGAAACUGGGGAACUGCGUCUAGAAUGUUACGCGACAGGUAAUCCACGGCCAUUCAUCACGUGGACUAAAGUACCAGACUCUACACCUCUGGACUCACCUGACGGUGUUCUUACUAUAUAUAAAGCGAACAAAACCCAUUCUGGAAUUUAUCAGUGCAGAGCUAGUAACGGAGUUGGAAGAGAUGCAACUGCACUAUCUUCAGUAAGAUUCAAUUGUAAGUUUGUUUUCCAUUAUUUUCAUUCUCUCUUGAUCCAUUUUCUCAUUUUGUGUGAUAUGCGCGGUUUCCCUCGCUCCAGAACUUAAAUAUGAGGUCCAUUAAUUUUACUGGUUAGCGUGAAAUGAUCUCUAAUCAGAUGACUUACUUUGUGCGAGAAGACAUAAGACUGACUGGCAGAUGGGUUUGUUGAGUGUUACCGUAUACUGCUGCUUAUAAGCCCUGGGCUUAUACAAGUUCGUAAGGGGUUUUGGGUGGGCUUAUAAACGGGGGAGCUUAUAUCCGGAUGGGCUUAUAAGCGGACGAAAAAAAAAACGUUUCAAAAUGAGCAACAGCACUGUUGAUCGACGUAUGAUUUAAAUUUAUUACUCUUACAACGGAAACAGUUUGUCAUAAGUUUUGUGAAACGCACUGUGACACUACAGGAGAACAAUAAACAGUUACUUCAAAAAAUUUGGCGAAAUGUUGAAAUAAAGAUAUAAAGAUUGUUAAUAAUAAAAUGGUAAUAAAGUUAUUCUUCCGUAAUCUUUUCCAGUUAUUUGUUGAAGUAAUAGUGUUCUAUGAGAGAACAAUAAAACAAAGAAAAACUGGAGGGGGGCUUAUAUCCGGAUAGGCUCUUAAUCGGAUGUAUUUUUUUGUUUGCAUGUAGGUGGACCUAUAACCGGGGGGGGGCUUAGAAGUGGCAGUUUACGGAGAGGCAUAUUUACUGGUCGACUACACUUUUAAAAGAUCCCAUUCUAUUUCAUUAAGUGUUCUGGGCUAAUUGGGUUUGUGUGCCAGUUAAUAUGAAAUUCAGAAACAUUCUUGGCUCAUUGGGAAUAGUAAACCAAGACACCACCUUAUGGAUUGUGAUUGGCUAUAUUUAUACUCCUGUGUCUUUUCAACAGACAAACCAGUCGAAACUCGCCUAAGAUCAUACACCAAAGAUGACAGAGUGAUAGCGGGAAACUCUGUAACUUUUUCGUGUACUGCUGAGAGUAACCCACCUCCAAACCUGGAAAUCCGCUUGAACGAUGUGUCGUUGGGUUUCUUCAAAAACAACACAUUCACUCUUCAAGACGUCAACACGUCUUAUGGUGGAACCUAUGAAUGUGUUCCAUGGAACAUGUUUGGAUACGGCCCGAUAGCAACUGUCAACCUUACUGUACAAGGUAUAUGUUAAGCUGCUGGACAGGAGAUAAAAAAUGGGAAAGGGAGGGGAGGCUAAUACUCCCACUUCAUUUCCCUACUUUGUAGAGCCUGCCAAGGAGCCUAAAUAAUGACUUAACACUCCACUGUCCAGUUUAUCUGCGCUUUUAAGAAAAAGAACGAAGGAAUGAAGUUUGGUCCUUGACCCCUACCAAGAACUUUAACAAAACCGAUUACCCUUAUCUAUCAGUCUGGGUAACUUCACUUAAAAAAUGAGGCUAAUUUACCCUUAUUGGUUUACCUUUCUCUAGCAAAGUGAAGAAAGCAAUUUCUUAGGAUAUUGAGAAAAAGCAAAAACCUUAUUUGCAGUACGAAAACAUAACCGAAAAUCAUAGAGCGUUUUUACUCACGUAGCCAGCAUCUGUGCAAAUUUAUUGAAACAAAACAAGGCGUUUGCAUAAGAAAGGAGUUCAACUCUCACGGGAUUGAUUGUGACACCAACAUGGUGCUGUUUGUUUGUUUUGGAACACCAAUAUGGCCGCCGUGAGGUCAUGUGAAAACGCUCUAUAAUUGACUGUUGUUUCUGGUACACGGUAGGAUUUCAUGAUUCAAGAUUAAAAAGGAUAUGAAAGUAUAAAGUCAUGUAAUGUAAACAUUAUUCUCUUCCUUCUAGAGGUGGCCCGAGGCAGGAAAGGAACAAAUACAUAAGGCGUAAUCAGUUAAUAGCACUGCUGUUGACCGCUUUUGAAGUGUCUAUCAUUUUUUGGUAGCCCUAGGAUUGUCGAAAGUUUUAUUGCCUGUUUCUUUUAGGAUAUCAUUGGAUUAAACUGGGAACAGCACUAAAAUUAUCCCAUCCAUAAUUCUUUCCACGGUUCCAAAAAGCUAGAGCUGGAUAAUCGCUAACAUUGCCUUUAAUUUGUUUUAGUCCCGCCUUCGAUUGACUUUAUUUCCCACGAGGUUACUGUAAACGAGACUGAAAACGUCACCAUAUUCUGCAACGCAUCGGGGAUUCCAAAGCCAGUGGUCACGUGGACAUUUCUGGGCAACUCAUCGGAUGGUAUGGAAUCUCUUAACUUGGAAUCUCUCUCGUUACCACGUAUCAACAGAAGAAAAGCUGGAAGAUAUCGAUGUACAGCAGCAAAUGGCGUCGCAAAUCCUAAAUCCGCUCACGUUGAUAUAAAAGUAAAUCGUAAGUGUGAACAAAUAUAAAGAGUAGCAUUCAGAUUUCGCGAAACCGGGUUGUAAUUCCCAAAAUUCCAGGUAACUCAAACCGGCAACAGUCGGAAAAUUGUUUGCCCUUAAUUUGACUUCUGAUUCCUGAAGAGAAAGCCAUCGAUGGUUGACCAUGCUAGAGGCUAAACACGAUAACGGAUACAAAUGUCCGUCAAAAUAUUUACAACUUUUGUCUUUCAGAUAAACCAGAAAUAGAACAUGUUGGACCUUCAAGGGAAAUCACCUCUUGGCUAAACCAUGAAACUACAUUAACGUGCAAAGCAGCAGGAUUUCCAUUGCCAGAAAUUAAAUGGAGUCAUGAUGGCGCAGUAGAAUAUUCUGUCCAAGGUUACUCCUGCACCAGUAUUCUCAGGUUCACACCCAGACAAGCGAGUGAUUUUGACGUUGUAGUGUGCAUGGCAAAAAAUAUUCUUGGGUCAGCAGAAGCCAAAGUAACUGUUAAACAACUUAGUAAGGAUAUCCCGUGUUCUUUUUUAUGGUAAAGUUAAAACAUAUCACUUAUUAUCCAUUAAAGACUAGUAUGGAAUGCUCAAUUGGACACAAGGGGUAUGUAUUUUGUAAGACGGGCAUAAUUUCUUGACGAAUUCCUGUUUGUUUGAUAUACGAUAGGAAAAGGCGAUUAUUUGUACGGUGUUUGUGUGUAAAAAGGAUCCUCGACCUCUCGUAAUUAAAGAAUUUCUUUUACUUUUCAGGAAAACGACAGUUUCUGCUUUAACCAAUUAAGAGAAAAAAUUGUGCCUUUCCACAUUGAAAUUAAAUUUCAAACAAACUUUAUGGAAAUUCUUCGAGAAUGAUGCGCGUUUGAGAAAUUGCUUAAUUGAGGCAAAGCAAAUUCACCCGUUUUUUUUAUCAUGCAGAUUAAUCAUAUGCUAGCCUUGAUUUCAUUUUUUUUUUCCACAGAUGUUCCAGACCCCCCAGAGAUACUACGAAUUGACGAAGGUCUUAAUAACCUAAAAAUUCACUGGAAGGAGUCUAUCACUAAACCAAAAUUUUCGAUUCUCAGUUACAUGGUACAGAUUAAAGAAAAGGGAGAAUCACAUGAGUGGAUAAACUGUACGCGGAUAGAAAAUCAAACAGGUUCCAUGAUGUGUCUCAUGGAUGAGUUGAAGAGCAACACCGAAUACAUUGUGAGAGUCUCUGCAAGGAAUGUAGUGGGUUUCAGUGAGUUUACUAUGAGGGAGGUUUCAACAAAAGAACCAACAGGUAACGGCUUCCCCUUCAUGUGCUGAUGCCUAUAAGCAACCUUUCAAGAUCUUGAUAAAAUAUUCUUCUCCACAUUCUUUCCCCAGAUAAUUCGUUCAUGUUAAUUUAAAUAGCUAAUUAAUAUCGUUCAAGGCUAGGGCCUUAAUUCGGCAUGAUGACACGUGAGACUGACAUAAUGAAGGGUCGUAUUACUAAAUACAUGGUUCAAAGCGCUGCUAAAACAACAGUGCUUGUAUCUCAGUUUAACAUUAGCACUUAUACGCCCUGUAAUGAUGAUAUUUUUCGAUGAGCCUAAUGUAAUGAAACCCCUAAAGCAAUAGUCUAGGCCGCGAUUUAUAAGAAUGUGUUAAAUAAGUGUAACAUGUAGUUUCUUAGCAUCACACAAAACGUUUUUAAAAUAGCAAUCGAAAGUAAUCUUGUAGAACACAUUACGAAACAUCGAGUUUAUGACUUUCACACAGUAAAUUCCAGUUUUACAGUGGGGGUAAGGGUAGAGUAAGUCUUUUAAUCUGAAGAAUCAUAUGCUUCACGCUGUGUGAUACUACUGAAGAGUUCGUCGUUACUUUCGGAUUUAGCGGCGAAGGUCGCUACUUCCGGGUAGCUAAGACGUGUGCGGUACAUGGGUGGUACAAACGACAAAGGUACGGUAAUAACAUCGCGACAAAUGUGAAAACAUCCACACUUUUUACUUGGGGAAACUUAUUUCAUGUCUUUUCUUUUUUAAAUACAAAUUCAAAAGAACUGUUUGAUUACGGUAUGGGUUUUCAAAAAACGAAAGGAAGACUUUCGGAAUAAAAGAAAAUAAUGUAAUGUACCUUUGGUUACAUGAACUCUCAGAAGGAGUGUCACGGAUAAGAUCAUUAUAACCUUUUAAAAUAAUCCUCGGAUCAGUUUGGUAAAGUUUGUUUUAUUUUUAAUUUUCGUUACUUCUUGUGAAAAGGGAAAUUGUUUUCAGGCGAAGGAUCGUUAUUUUCGGAGGGUCUCUACUUUUGGUAUUUUCACACUUUUGAAAUUUUAUCGCUGCUUUCGGGGCCGGGUUCGUUACUUUCGGAACUUCACGGUACAAUUUCGCUAGUUUAUGCAUGUUUAAGGCGAUAUUAUGUAUAGCUGUACACUUUAUUGCAACAAACGGACAUGCUUGAAAAAAACCCAAUCAACUAACAUGUACAACUAUUUUGUAGUAAAAGAGAAGCAGCAGGGCCUCCCUAGAAGUACUGUUCACUGGAUAAUUGCAGGAGUAACUAUCGGCUUCUCUGUUGUGUUACUGAUAGUUGCCGCUGUAGCAUUGAAGAGACGCUCUCGAGGUUUGUUUACUCCGAAAUACACAGACUAAUUAAUACAUCAUCGCGAAGCAGUAAAUUAUAAACAACUGAAACAUGGAGUUUAAUGCACUUGUUUUUCAAAAAACGAAUUUGAAUAACUACUACCGGAUGCAAGUGUUUGUUUAAUUUUUCAGGCAAACAACAUGAUCAAAUUUCCUCAUCAUCAUGAUGAGAUAAAUAAAAAGUUAAUAGAAAAUAUAUAUUAAAUAGUACAAACUUGGAGGCAGAAAGCAAGCUUUCAUCAGUCAGCGAAACUCGUGUUACACCCUUUUUUACCCUUGCAUUCAGUUGUACAUUAAUUUAUUUACCGAACUUUCCUUGACCAACUGAAACAGUUUAAACAUUGUGAAGUGACAUCCUAUUCAGUACAGCUCUUAAAGAAAACAUCACAACUAACUUCAAAAUAGAUUUGAACCGUUUUGAAUUCUACUGACAGUGCCUGUCUCUGGAGUAUUGGAGUAUCAUUUGCAUUUUGUUCUAUUAGACAGGUUUUUAUUUCUAUUUUUACUUAUUUGGGAUUAUAUCACACUUAAUUUAGCAUUAUGUCAAUUAUAACUGCUUGUGUGAUCCAGGCCAUUUAGUGACUAAUUUGAGAAAAAAAAGAAAAAGAAAGAAAAAACAAAUCAUAAUUUUAGGAUGACCUAAUUGCAGAUGCUGGGUUCAAUUAUCAACAGUAUUCAUUUCUCUCGUUAUUUCAAACGUUACAGAUUUUUUUUGGCUUCCUACACAGAUCAAAAUUUCUAUGACGAUUUACAUGGCGAAUUGAACGGGUUUUUGAUUAAAAUGAAGUUCAUCUAAUCAAUUCAAAACAGCAGAUCCAAGACGGCCGAUGGUUUUGGUUCCUUCCUUAAUGAUAAGUGACGUCAACAUGACAUCACUUCUAUUGUUAAAGUUUAUUUUAAAUGUGGUAGCCAUCCUCUUGGUUUUAUCAGACACCUAACUAUUUAAGUAUUUUCAAUGUCGCUUUGAGGGAAUAUGGAUUCUACUAAUAAAUUCAACAAUAUGAACGUCAUAAUGACGUCAAAUAACGUCACUGUGUCACUGAAGUUAAGCCUAGAUGUUGGACAUGAAUUUAUUAAUCAAAAAAAGGCCGUUCUGAACUAGCCUCCUCCGCAGGCUUCACUGUCUUGUUUUAGACAAAGAGUGGCAGAAUGGGGGAGAGAACGGAGGGUGACAGUGAUGCCUGUCAAAUAUCGACAAGGUGAUGACCUUCUGGGCAUUUUGGCUAGCUCAUACAAAUCCAAUUUGUGUUCGGGAUAGUGGGGAAAUUUUGAGAGACAAAAGCCUUUGACCAUGACCUACAGUAAGAGCUAAUAGUUUUUUAGUUUGUUUUCUUAGGGGGCUGGAUUUGUAAUAAUUUGUCUGACGAAAACCCCAGAGAGGCCAGGGUCUUGUCAUUGGUCCACAAGAGUGAAGGACGCGCGCGGUCCACACCCUUCGAUUUUUGGCAGGCAACUCCACCGCAGUUUUUUUUUCCUUUUCUCGUCAUAUGACUACUCGCGGUCAGUGUAAGCGGAGUUGCCUGCAGAGGAGACUAGGUCUAAACAGGGUUAGGAAAAUAGUUUGUACAUGAAUUCUUUUUGUGUUUAGUAUAUCAUUUUGGUGUUUUCUAGUUUAAAGUUGGAGUACAUGUAGAUGUACUGCAAUAACAGCUAAUUUUUAAUGUUUUCUCUUUAUCAGGACGAGGCGAAGUAACAAACGUUAACGAUAGGUUGGUUAAACUAUAAUCAUACUUGAUGAAAGUGAUCCUGAUUAUGUUUUCCUUUCGUAAGGGUAAUGAGUUGUACGAUACCGUUACGGCGUUUUUUCUACUGCCUUAACAGUCAUGCAGUUCAGUGACGCAUACGGACUUAUCCAAGACCAUGAAAAACAUCCCAGAGACGCUCUUACAAACUGAACUCCCUGCUAAAAAAAAAAAAGCGCAAAAAAAGUUAGUUUGACUGUUGAUAAAGUAGCCUGCGAAUACAGCCGCUACUUCUUGCUCCUCGCCGCUAGGAACGUUUCGCCAGUAGGAACGUCUGCACCUUAGCGACAGAAAUUCCACACUGAAGACGUAAAAUCUGUCCGAAAUCUGGUCAGGAGCUCUGAGUGGUCGACAUCGCCUCGUAGUUAUACUGAAUGACAGACAAAAGACAAAAGGCCACAAAGGUCAAAUUUAAACGGAGUUGUAAACGUGAUGAAUCUACUACAAAACAGUCAAUAUUCCUGGAAUAUAUUCUUCUUUAGAAAAAGCAUCUGAGUUUUUCUGGAGCUCGUUCGCAGCAGAACACAAAACUUUAGCGUAAUCGACCAAGAGAAACAUAAAAUCAAGCAAAUUUACAUUUGGAACCUCAUGGAUACCCGGAAUUAUUAUAUAAACAUUGGUUUGCGUUAAACUCAUGGAAUUUCGUCUACCUGUUUAUUAGCCUAUUAAGUUAACUUUUUUUGUUGUUUUGCUGACCAACCCAGCCAAUAAUCCUCAAAUGUGAGGGGUGGGCUGUACACGGUAACUAUUUCUGUCCCGCGGCGAGGAGCGAGGACAAACGACUGUAUUCACAGGCUAUUAAUAAAGCGACUGGAAUGUUCUUUGAACCGCUUUGUUUUUGCAAAAUAGAGCUUUCACUAACUUAAAAUUAAAAAAAUAUAUAUAUAUACAGUGGAAGAAAUCUUCCACAAAAAAGGAAGGUCUUCAGCGUAAAAACAAACAGAAGGCAAUUAUUACGGAAGACCCUAGGUAAGAUGGUGGCAACCAAUGAACAUAAAAGUCGCAAAGUUAAGAAUAAGAAUAAGCGAUACGACAGACCUAGAUACUUUCACUGACUUAAGUAAAUGUCGCGAGCAAUUAAUUAUAGACAUUUCUUCCGAUGCCAUUAUUUUCCUUCCUAGAUUUUGUUAGUCGUAGUACCUAAGUCGGUCCAUUCACACAGUCCAACAAACAAUCGUGAUUCGAGUCGAAAUCCUUUUUUAAUAAGUGUUUAUUGAACUGCAGUUAUUUCUCUGUAGAGUGAUUAGUUCAGAUGAUCCUUUUAUAGCAAAGAGCCCAAAAGUGUGAACUCCUUUAAUUAACUCACAUCCUUUCGUGUGGACGUUAACCAAUCAGAAGUCGAGGACCGAUUCCAGCUGCCUUCUGAUCUGUUCGAAAGAAUAUGAAUGAAUCAAAAGCGGUGACACUUUUGUGCUUCUUGCGGUAAAGAUCAUUACUACUUAGGAGGAGUUUUCUCAGUUACUGCCGUGUUUAAUCAAUGUUAAUUCUUCUCUUUACCUAGUGGUUCCCAAAAGGUGACUAUUACCAGUUAUGAUAAUCCAACGAUGGAGGAGAGUCUGCAGACAGUUGCAGCUGUUAUAGAGGUACCUUCUUUUGACCGUGUUGGUAUUGCACAUUUUAUAUGACGCAAGUUAAUUGUUCUCAUUCAAGGGCUCAUUACUGGAGUCGGGCGGGCUUGCUUUGCCGAAUUGUUCUUUAUCUUAAUUUACAUAAAGCGCACCUUCGCGGAGCCCCCGUAUCACACUGAUCCUGGCAAAUCUCGCACCCAGAUUCCUUCUCGACGAAGCUCCUUACGCCCAGGCAUAUCUAGACAAUGCCACUAGAAAACUUGUUAAGAGAACCGGGCAGGGUAGAAUUUCAAGUUAAUCGAUCGAUUUUUGUCGCGCUUCAGUUUAAGUGACGAGGUAUCGGCAAAUCGACCCAGCGCGGUAAAAUGGGCCAGGCCUCUGAGCUCAUAUAAUGAGCGACUCUUCACCGCAUAACUGGUUUAAAACCGAUGUCAAGAGUGAACGAUAUUCGGAACGCUACUUGGUCUUGUGCCAAGCAAGCGAUCAUUUUUUUUAGAAUAAAAUUAUGCAAAAACUGUAGGUAUUAAGUUAGAUGUGAUCGUUCGGGUUAGUCAGUCUCGUUGGGAUCGACCGUUGAUGCUGUGUGGAAAUCUGCUAGUCUUAGUCUCCACUCACCCUAACGAUGGGUGAAAUGACCCCUGGGUCAUACCAUUCACAAAGUUCAGGAAUCGAACAUUGUUUUCAUGCGGAAUAGCACAAUACCGCAUAAAGAGAAAAAGUUAUCAGUGUAAAAUGCAAAAUGAGCGAACAAACACCUAGGCAGAGAAGUCGACUAAAAACUCACAAAUUGGAAAAAAAAAUGAAAUGAAUGGGGUAAUAAGUAUAGAAUCCCACUCGAAUAGAACUUUUUAGCUUGUACAUUGUUUUUACCCACUUCUGACCAAGUAAUGGUUAAAAAAAGCCAGGAAACUAUUUCUUUCAAACGUCGCCCUGAACCCCCGCACACGUCUGUGUGCAAAAUUUAUGAAAGGAAAAAAGGCAAAUUCUCUUGAGAACAUCACGUGGUUGAACAUACCAGCUGAAAAGUUCCGUGAAAAGCAGAUUUUAACUUUUAAUUCACCUCUUAAUUUGUCUCUUUAAUUUACUAUUUGUAUUUAUACUCAUUUAAUAAUCUGAUUUUAAUUUCUUCGCUUUAUUCGAGUUUGAUAGCGCAAAAAAUGUUGAAACUUUUUUUUAACUUGUAGGGGGAACAAAGUGGAUAG